UCUCCCGUUCUGUUCCGUGCGAUGGGCCCCAUGGAAGCCCGGGACGCGCUGGGGCCUGGGAGUCUCGUCUCGAGAGGUCUGGUCUGGAACUUAUCCUCCCCUUGCUUUGGAAGGGUGGGGGUGCACUGCGCAGGCCGCGCGCACCGGGCGGGCGGGCGGACGAAGCGGCGAGGCAGGGACGGACUGGGGAGAGAGAUGUCGGGCGGCAGGAGGAGGGGGCUUGUGUGGAGCCUCCCCGUGGCGAGGUCGGAUGUGCUCGGCAAGCUGGGCCCUGCCUUCGGCAUCGGCGCCGGCUGCGGCGUGGGCGUCGGCUUCGGCCUCAUCGGAGGUGCAGGAAUUGGAGCUGGAUUCCCCGGUUUACAAUUGGGAUUCGGAGCUGGAGCUGGAUGUGGAAUAGGAAUAGGUUUUGGUUAUGGCUUUGGAAAAGGCGUUGCAUAUGAUGAAAGCGGAAGGUAUUUGAACAUCAGGAGACCAUUUCGUAACUCCAGAAGCAUUGCUUACGAUGAACAGUUUGAUAUCAUGUUUGAUGAACUGAUGGAGAGCACCAGGAAGCUGAUCAAAGCAACAUCAAAGGAGAUCGACAAGUGGAGGCGGAUGUAGAGCGAGCAGCGCAUAUAGGAACUGCGUAUAGUCAUCAGAAACCAAAAGUUGUCGAGGCACUACACGUGCCUCUGUGUCCAUCGGAACCAAACUGGCCUUUUGCUCGUUUGCUGUUUCAGCGAAUAUUUCAGCGAUUCAUGAGAUACGCUGCCUGAUACUCUGGCCUGUGGAUGCCGAUGCUCAAAAGCAUUAGUUUUCCCAGCCAUGUGCUGGGGUGCGACACCAUGUGAUCGCGACGGCGCCUGGAAUUGAAAUAUCACCCACGACGUCGCCGUCGAAACCCUUGUGCGCUUCUGGAGCGCCCCAGUAUUUUUCGUAUCGAAAUAUCUGGCAGGACGUAUUUUUCUAUCGUCGCGCCCAUAUGUUGACGGAAGCAAGUAGUCUUCUCCGUCUUUAUCAACUUAAUCAUGCUGUGUUUGUUUUGUGUUGUGUUGUGUUUAACAAUAA